UGAGACGGGCCGGGUUAUUUAUCUGAGUGAGGAUGAGGCGGACCGGAUUAUUUAUCUGAGUGAGGAUGAGGCGGGCCGGGUUAUUUAUCUGAGUGAGGAUGAGGCGGGCCAGGUUAUUUAUCUGAGUGAGGAUGGGGCGGGCCGGUUUAUUUAUCUGAAAGAAGAUGAGACGGCUUAUUUUAGAUUUUUUUUUUAUUAAUAACUAGAAUUCAUUGACUGGAAAAACCUCGCAAAAUCUAUCUAAUUCCCACAUUCUAAUUCCCAGCACGAAAUCAUCACAAACUGUUUAUACAAAAUGUUCAUAUUGUAUUAUACGGGCAGUGAGGAUACGUCUAUAGCUAUUUCAAGACAACAGAUGACGACGUAUAACUAUUCAUGAAUUUUGUGUAAGAUACUUGCACGCCUACAACCAUGGCUCAGUACAUAAUCGGGAAAUUAGUUCUAAUUAACCUCAUGCUAAUUACAGAAUAAAGCCCUCUUGACGUAGAUGUCAACAACACGUAAGAUGAUAUGAAACUAUCUAAAAACAUUUUAAUUGUAUUCUUAAAUGAAAUGUUUCGAGGAGUUUUUGUUUUUUUGUUGUUUUUUUUUGUCUUAAAUGUUUUAUGACAAAUCUGUUGUAAUUUGUUACUUGAAAAUAAGUUAAGAGAAGAGCUUCUCCCUUCAAAAAUCAUCUGAUUAAAGAGUCAUUUUAUAAUGACAAUAAAUCGAAUCUGUGGUGUAAUGGAAGUGUGGAAAUCAAAUAUUUCAUCUCUCUGCAACAACAUGUAUUAUAUGAAUUUAUCAGCUUACGCCGAAUAUUUCACGGAGCGUUAGACAACACGAGCUCGUCAAUCGAUAAGCAUCGCUCUCUUCUCCGACCUGUUCCGUGUAGGAGUAUUCGGAAAGGCAUUGGCUAAUGUCGGUUUACGUCAUAAAACCAACGUUAAAUGAAAUAUAUGGAGAGUGGAUUCCAAAAUUUCUCGGCUCCAUUGAUAAUUCUGCGGACCGGAUAAGCGUUACGCCGAGGAAUAUUUUUGUUUCUGACAACAGAAGAGAAAAAAGAGGAUAAACUGCCCUCACCAUGAAGUUAACGAUGUUUUCCUGUGGAUUCAGUUUUAUCGUAGUAGACAUAGUCUUUUUCCUUUACAAAACUGGCGAGUCCAUGUUGGACGCAACAACUCGACCGUAUUUGAUUCGUGCCGUGUGCUACGAAAUGUUCAAGGACGAGAGCGCUAGAAACGAAACCACGUGUAUGAAUUUAGACCAAUACCCCAUACUAGAAGACUAUAUUCAAAGUUUGUCAGGGGAUUAUUUGAUUUACUACAGAUUGCUUUUAAAUAUACCCGCCAUUGCCUUAUCGUUGUUCUGUGGUUCAUACAGUGAUCGCUAUGGCAGAAAAAUACCCAUCCUGCUACCAAGUUUAGGGAGUGUGUUCGCCGUGAUGCUGUACAUUGCCAGUAACAUGGUGCCGGAACACAGGAUAGCGCUCAUUCUAGGAGGCUCUGCUCUACAGGGAUUUUUUGGUAAAAGCUCCGUGAUAACUAUGGCUGUAAAUAGCUUCGUGUUCGAUUUGUCGGAGGCGGGAGAUCGCACCCGGAAUCUUGGGAAACUUCUGGCUAUGAACUUUUUCGGAUUAUUUAUGGGAUCGUUGCUCUCUGGCAUUUUUCAGGAUGUCCUUGACCUUAAUGCCGCUCUUGUGUCUGUCGUUGUUCUUCAUGGAGCUUCCAUUCUGUUCACGAUAUUUCUAGUGGAUGAAACGGUGGAACGGAAUGAGAUCGAGGAUGAUAUGAACUCGUCAUGUGAGCUGUGUGAAGUGUUCAAACCAUCAAACAUUAAGGAGACGCUAGCUGUAAUGUUCAAGCCUCGUUCUGGAAAUAACAGGGCCAUUAUUCUGAUGCUGUUUAUGUUUUCUUUAGUAAAUCAGACAUGUAAGGUUGGAGAGAUGGAUAUAAACCUUCUAUUUGUUACUAGGAGCCCUCUAAGCUGGUCUAAGUCUUGGUAUGGCUAUCUGUUGUCCCUCGACUACGCGGUGAUGGGGCUGUGUUUGUUUAUUUUUCUGCCAUUGUUCUCCAAUAAGUUCAUGCUUUCAGAUGUUACCAUAAUGAUGCUAGGAAUCGGUUGUAAAUUCGUGCGGUUGAUAUGGGCGGGAUUCUGUGACCAAUCAUGGAUGGUGUUUGUUUCUGUUGCUAUAGGAGCAAUGGCGGGAAUGAUAACUUCCGCUCUCCGCUCUUUGAUCAGUAAAGCCGUGCACGUGGACGAGGCAGGAAAGAUGUUUUCUCUCCUCUCCUGUGGUGAAACAUCGUCCAAAUUCCUUGGAACACUGAUAUUUGUUAAUCUCUACAGCGCCACUGCUCACAUAUUCCCCGGCAUAGCAUUUAUAGUAGAGGCCCUAGUAUACUUAAUUCUGUUAGGCAUUCUAGUGCUCAUGUUUAAACAGCUGCGAGAUCUUCAGAGCUAUGACUUGAUGCAAUCGCUCAAAGAUCAAACAGGCUAUGGUACUACCGGAAGUCACAAAUCAAAUAAAAAUAAAAUGCUACCGGAAAUAGAUGAGAUGGAGGAAAAUCAAGCCCACCCGUCCAUGUACCCCGCCAGCACACCGUGAUCACGUGAUUAGAACCCCGGCAAUUUCUUUAUCAUGUCGUUUACCAGUGUUCAAUACUAGAAAUCAAACGAGACUGACUGUAGAUGAAUAAAAGAUGCCAAAUCAUUA